GUUGAUCUUCCUUUCACCGUCGCUGAAUUUGUAACCAGGAGGAGAUUAUUGAUCGGAGUUAGGAGAAGAAGAAAUGCCACGCAGUAGAGUGAUGCUGCCGAGACCCGACAGGAGGGACAUGCCGGGUCGACGAUAUAAAGCCGUAACCCCCGCAGUGUAGAAGGGUAGAGCCGCAGGUAGAACUGACUCGUUCUUUCCCAUUUUAAUUGUUUGAGAACAAUCCGUCGUAUAAGGUAGUCACCAAUCCCCCGUCUUCGCAACUAAAAACCCAAAGACACCCUGCACCGUGCCGUCUUCAUUUUCCUCAACACUUCACACCAAAUCCCCUCUGUCACAGGAUCACCCACCAUCACGCAUUCUUGACUUUCCAAUCCACAAUAAUCCAUCUACAAAAUGACCGGCAUUAGCUUGUACGACGCUUCCGUCCCCGUCUUCACCCGGGGUGUCGAGUCCUUGAAAGCCAUCCUGGCCAAGGCGGAAGAGCAUGCUGCCUCAGAGGGCGUCAGUAUUGACAGCUACGUCGGCGAGAAGCUCACCGAGAGCAUGCUUCCCCUUUCUUUCCAGGUUCAGGUGGUCUCAAACACGGUCAAGAAGUUCCUCUGGCGCGUGACUGGCGUAGAGACUGAGGCCUGGGAGGAUAACGAGACCACCAUGGAGCAGCUCAAGGCUCGCAUCCAGAAGACGCUUGAUCUUCUGGCAUCAGCGGAUGCCAAGGCCUUCCAGGGCAAGGAGGAGACGAAUGUUGAACUUCAAAUGGGCAAGAUGGGAAGCAAGAACCUCCCGGCCAAGGACUACCUUCUCAGAUACGCCAUGCCCAACUUCUUUUUCCACGUUCAGACUGCCUACUGCAUCUUGCGAGCAAAGGGUGUACCCUUGGGCAAGACAGACUAUCUUGCCUCUCACUUCGCCGGCACUCAGUAAUGAGCUCUAGAAGGCAAUCAUGCCUUACAUGUACUUUGGGUCGAGUCGCUUCAGUAUUCGGUGUUGCUUUCGCGGAGGUUACCGGGAGCAAUGAUUUGGCAAGGACUAGCAUAGCGCCCAUAGACUGUCAUGCCAUGGUACAACAAAGCAGUUAGCCAGACUCGUCAAAAAUAUAACGUUAUAAAGAUGCUCAACCGCCAAGAGAAAUCGGCGGGGAUCAGUAAGCUGCGAU